GCUUCCUUGAUAAGCACCCUCUUCUUCUAAAAUCUUGAACCCUCCGAGUUACUAGUGACUCUCACGCAGACUAUGGGGGACCGAGAACGAGACAGAGACCGGGACAGAGAAAGACGCCGAGACCGCGACCGCGUCCGCAUCAAGAGCUCGCAUACACCCGAGCGCACCAGACCACGCCACACCCGCUCCCGCACGCGCUCCAUCUCCCGUUCUCGGACUCCAGACGACAGGUCCCACCGGCGGCGCCAGCACCACGACCGCAGCCCCUCGACGGAGCCACGCAAGCGGCAGCGCCGCGAGUCGACCGUGGAGGACGAGAGGGAGAGGCAGAAGGCUGCGGUUUUGGACUUGGUUGAGGGCAUCACGAAGGAGCAGAAAACUCAGCAGAAGCCGAGCAGCGAUGGUGAUGGUGGUGAGGGUAUGGACGAGGAUGAGAUUGAGAUGAUGAAGAAAUUGGGGAUUCCGACUGGGUUCGACUCGACAAAAGGGAAGCCCGUGCUGGGCGCCGAUAUAAGUGGCGUUAGGGCCGUCACGAAGCGGCAGCCAAGACAGUAUAUGAACCGCCGCGGUGGAUUUAAUCGGCCGUUGCCUGCCGAGCGCAAUCGCUAGAUUACUGUAAUCAGCAGCAUGCAUUUCAAGUGAGCGAUGAGCAUGAUUCAUAUUAUCCCCGGCUUUGGUAACACAAUCUGCUAGGAGGUACUUCCGUGCCCCCACUCCACAAUGGAUCUCCCAUAUGUAUUUGGUUAGUUUUCCUGUUUCGCUUUGUAGGAAUUUAUUGUCACUUCUUUCAAUCGUCUUUCUCUAGAUAGGAUUGAAUGCAGUGUUCUUUCCUUUGUUCCCCUCA